CAUCUUUUUAUCAUCCCCAAACCCUUAUAGCUGUGGCAUGUCAUGAAGUUCUUGAAGCCUGCGAUGGCCGUACUGGCUGCGUGGACGUUGCAGGCCAACACCGAGUCAACUUUCAGCCCGGCUCGACCGCCCGCCGCUCCCUUGGCCGUCCGGUCUCCGUAUCUCAAUGUGUGGCUCAACGGCAACACGGAUGGCACGCCCAGCGGAUAUCUACCAGGCUCGUCGCCGAAGUCGUGGAGCGAGGUGGCUCAAGGAUGGACGGGACUCAUCCGGGUCGACGGUAGCGAAUACAAUUGGAUGGGAAAUGAUACAGAUGCCGCUCGAGUAGAACAGAUCUCGUUGGAGUACACGUCGACCAAGACCAUCUUCACCAUGAAUGUCGACGACAAGAUCGAAAUGGUUGUUACCUUCUUAUCUCCAGUUUACUACGAUGAUCUGCGACGGCAAUCGGUCACAUCCUCAUACCUCAACGUAGCUAUUAAAUCUCUCGAUGACAACACUCACACAGUUCAGGUUUACUGUGAUGUGUCUGGAGAGUGGGCCUCUGGCGACACCAGCGCAGUCAUCAACUGGGAGACCGGUUCCAAAGAUGGCGUCCGCUAUCACAAAUUCUACAGGGAGAAGCAAGAAAUAUUUCAAGAAGUUAAUGAAAUUGCUUCUUGGGGUAAUUGGUAUUGGGCUACCGGCAACCAGAACGGCAUCACCUACCAGAUUGGCGAGGACUCGGUAGUGCGCAGUCAAUUCUCCAAUACGGGAAUGCUCAACGGGCAUGUUGACGAAGGGUUCCGAGCCAUUAGUGACAAAUGGCCGGUGUUUGGUCUCGCCCAUGACCUUGGCAGUGUCGGCAGCACUUCCAAGAGUGCUCUUUUCACCAUUGGCUACACACAAGAAGAUGCCAUUCAAUUCCAGGGUCAAGGAGAGGAUAUCCAAUCUGCGCAAUCGCUCUGGAAGGAGUACUUCGCCGAAGAUGAGCUUGUCGCCUUCUUCUACAAAGAUUACGACCAUGCGACCAAUUACUGCGAUGUCCUUGAUAACCGUGUCUCCAGGGAUUCUAAGGCUGCCGCAGGCCAGGAUUAUCUAACCAUCACUAGUUUAGCUGUGCGCCAGGUUUGGGGUGCCCUGCAGUACACUAACACUGAGCAACGGCCCCUCGUCUUCCUCAAGGAAAUCAGCUCCAACAGCGACAUUCAAACCGUCGAUGUUAUUUUUCCAGCUAUGCCAAUUUUCCUAUACUUUAACCCUGAAUUAAUUAAAUACACACUUGACCCUCUUCUCGAGAACGACAGAUACCACUAUCCCAACAAGUACGCACAGCAUGAUCUUGGGACCUUCCCCAUUGCCAGGGGAUAUCCUAAAGGAGAUGACGAAGCCAUGCCCUUGGAGGAGUGCGGUAACAUGAUCGCCAUGAUGCUUGCCUACUCGCAGUGGAAGGACGACGCGGACUAUCUGCGCGACAACUGGGAUCUGCUGUCGCAGUGGGCUGAGUUUUUAGUUGAAGAGGCAAAGAUUCCCGCUGACCAGCUUUCUACCGACGAUUUUGCCGGUCACCUCGUUAACCAGACAAACCUUGCCAUCAAGGGCAUCAUUGGUCUCGAGGCUAUGUCUAAAAUUGCUAAAAUGAGCGGCCACGAUCAUCAGGCUUCCAAUUACAGCAAUAUUGCCAAGAGCUACUACCAGUUUUGGUACGAGCACGGCAUCAACAAUGAUGCGGACCCCAAACAUAGCAUGCUUCAAUACGACAACCCCGACUCUCACGGCCUCUUGUAUAACAUCUACUUGGAUAAGUUGCUCGGCCUGGAUUUCAUUCCCCAAUUCGUCUACGAUAUGCAGAGCGACUUCUAUCUCACAGUUCAGAACAAGUACGGCGUCGUCCUCGACACGCGGGGCACCCUCACCAAACUCGAUUGGGAGCUCUUCGCCGCCGCCGUGGCCAAGACUGAAACCCAGAGCAUCUCAUCAAGAAGAUCGCCAAAUGGAUCAAUGAAACAACCACGUGGCGCGCCUUCACCGAUCUAUACGACACGGAAUCUGGAAGUUACCCGCGCGGCAUCCAAUUUGCAGCGCGACCUGUUCAAGGAGGCGUGUUUUCCCUGUUGGCACUCCAAAGCCGACCUAAGUCUGCCGACCGCGUGAAUGGGAUGGGCGCUGAGACACUGAUGGAUGCAGGGAGGAUUGACGGUGAACUAAGAUGAGGAAAAAAUGCUCAUGUCGAAUUCUUGAUAUACUGCUCAUACUAUAGUAAUGACAAUUUGUAC